AUGGCUAAGAAGAAGGACGCAUAUAGAGCAAAAGUUGUAGUAAUAGGAGAUGGUGCGUGCGGUAAGACAUGCAUGCUGGAAGUUUACAAAUCAGGGAUAUUCCCUAAAGACUAUGUUCCUACUAUUGUGGAUAAUUUUGUUAUGAAGGAAGUGUUGGAUGCAGGAGAGGUUGUACUAACCCUAUGGGAUACAUCUGGGCAGGAUGAGUAUGAUGCACUGCGGCCACUUUCUUACAGCAAUGCAAAUUUAAUUAUUAUAUGCUACUCAAUUGAAAAGAAAGACAGGCUAGGGAAUAUAGAAGAAAAAUGGCUGACUGAAAUACAGAAUCUGUGUAAGAACGUUCCGUACUUUUUAGUUGGCUUAAAGGCAGAUAUAAGAGACAAUGCAUCGCCCUCGCAGGCAGAGAAGUAUGUGAGCACAGAAGAAGGAAAAGCCCUUGCCCAGAAAAUAGGUGCCAAGUAUUUUUCAGAGUGCUCUGCACUGACAAAAAAGAACAUAAAAGAGACCUUCUCUGAAAUAGGAAAUUACAUCAUAAAGCAUCAAAAGGAAACAUCGUCGCAGAAAGGAUUUAAAUUUUUCUAUUGCUGCUAA